GAGGGAUGGAAGAAUUUUGGAUUGCUCUUUUAGCUGUGUUGAGCGGGUGAACGAGAGGAUUUUAUUUAUGUGGAUAGAAAAGGCUUAGAGCUGUUUCUUCUGGAAACUUUAAUGGCGUCCAUUCCCUGUACUAUUCAACUUAUCCUUCCUGCAACGGUUAAUACUUCUUCUUCUUCUGGGUCUUCUUUCGUCAAGUUUACUUCUCAGUUUCUGGGUAUUCGAAAGAAACUAGGAUGGUUCAGAGCUUCCAGAAUUGCACCCAAAAUCGGACCCAGUAGUGGUUCCAGAGCCAAAUGUUGGUUCAGGUUCGGAAAGAAUGGUGUUGAUGCUGAAGGUGCUGGUAUUUACGGUAGCCAGUCCCGUGAAGAUUUCGAUCGCGACGAUGUCGAACAGUAUUUCAAUUACAUGGGGAUGCUUGCAGUUGAGGGUACUUAUGAUAAGAUGGAGGUCCUUUUAAGCCAAAACAUUCACCCUGUAGACAUCUUAUUGAUGUUGGCUGCCUCAGAGGGGGACAAGCCAAAAAUUGAGGAACUGCUAAGAGCAGGAGCUACUUACAAUGUCAAAGAUGCGGAUGGAAGGACUGCACUUGAUAGAGCAGCCAGUGAUGAAAUCAAGGAAUUGAUCCUUGGUUUUUCAGUUCAGAAGGCAUGAUUACAGCUUCUUCUUUUUUCAUUUUUUUGGGUGUAAGAGCUUCCCCU